AUGACAUAUCUUGAAAAGUUAACUUUAUAUCUUCGUAUUCGUACACCAAAUCGUUACAUCAUCGAUGGUACACAUCUUCAUAAUGAAAUUCUUGUUCAUAUGCCUAAACUUCAGAUAUUUAUCUUUUAUAUAAGCACAGAAAUUUACACUCAUCGUUUAAUUCCUCAUAAGUCUCUUGAAAAUAUUCAACAAACAUUUACAAACUGGAAAUAUGGACAAACGGAUUGUAUCUUAGAUAAUGUCAUAGGCUCUACGAUUACACAUGUUUACUCACUUCCAUUUACAUUUACUUAUCUGGAAAAAAUCACAAAUCAAUUUCCAACCAUUGGAUUAAACACUGUAACUCAUUUGUAUGUCUACGAUGAAGUUUCAAUGAAACAUGAAUUCUUCAUGAGAAUUAAUCGAGAUUGUCCAAUGCUUAAAUGUUUCUCUUUGAAAAAUGAAAUGGAACAAUCAUGGAAUUGUGAUGAAUUCAAAUCUAAUAACAAUCUAUCUUAUUCUAUUAUUGAAUAUUCUCAUCUUAUAUCACUUGAUAUUGCGUAUGUCAAUAUAGAUUAUGUUGUACAAUUUCUACUCGAAACAAAAACACAUUUACCUUGUCUAACUGAAUUAAAAAUCAAAUAUAAUCAAUUAAAAACUGUAACAAUGAAUUUUACAAGAAAUACAACGCGACGCAAUUGUUCAAAAGUGGAACGAUUAAUUAUUGAAGAAUCAAGACAAUUUUCCAAAGAUGUUUAUCAAUAUUUUCCUUCAUUGUAA